GACUACAAACCAGAAGGUCAGCAGAGGAGAGUGGAGGUUGGAUUCUGAACGGUCAAGGUGCCCACAGGAGUUUAGUAGGAGUCAGGAUUUUGGAGACUUGAACAGCCAGACAGCGGCUUCUCCUUGGAUUUCUUGCCUGUUCUUGGUCUUUUCUCUUCAGAUUUCACGAUGAAUGUGCAGGCUUGCUCUAGGUGUGGGUACGGAGUGUACCCUGCUGAGAAGAUCAACUGUCUUGACCAGAUAUGGCACAAAGCUUGUUUUCACUGUGAAGUUUGCAAGAUGAUGCUAUCGGUGAAUAACUUUGUGAGUCACCAGAAAAAGCCAUACUGUCAUGCCCAUAACCCCAAGAACAACACUUUUACAAGUGUCUAUUACACUCCAUUAAAUCUAAAUGUGAGGAAACCUCCAGAGGCCAUUUGUGGGAUCGAUGGCCAAGAGGAUGGUGAACGGUUUAAGUCAGUUUUUCACUGGGACAUGAAAUCCAAGGAUGAGGCCACUGCACCUAACAGGCAACCACUGGUGGAUGAGAGAGCCUAUUGGAGUGGAUACAGGGAAGGGAAUGCCUGGUGCCCAGGAUCUCUGCCAGACCCUGAAAUCGUGAGGAUGGUGGAGGCACGAAAGUCACUGGGUGAGGAGUAUCCAGAAGACUAUGAGCAACAGAGAGGCAAAGGGAGUUUUCCAGCCAUGAUCACACCUGCUUAUCAAAGGGCCAAGAUCGCCAACCAGCUGGCCAGCCAAGUGGAGUACAAGAGAGGGCAUGAUGAGCGCAUCUCCAGGUUCAGCACGGUGGCGGAUACCCCCGAGCUGCUCCGGGCCAAGGCUGGUGGACAGCUUCAAAGUGAUGUGAGAUACACAGAGGCCUAUGAACAGCAGAGAGGGAAAGGCAGUUUUCCUGCUAUGAUCACACCUGCUUAUCAGAUAGCCAAAAGAGCCAACGAGCUGGCAAGUGAUGUGAGAUACCAUCAACAAUAUCACAGAGAAAUGAAGGGAGUGGCUGGCCCUGCUGCUGGAGCGGAGGGCCCGUUGCCAAAGGAAUACAUGGACCAGUAUGGCCAGCAGGGUUACUCAGAACAGUAUGGUGAGCACAGAGGAAAGGGUAGCUUCCCGGCCAUGAUCACCCCAGCUUAUCAGAACGCCAAGAAAGCCAACGAACUCGCUAGUGAUAUAAAAUACAGGCAGGACUUCAAUAAGAUGAAGGGCGCUGCACAUUAUCAUUCCCUCCCAGCCCAGGACAACUUGGUUCUGAAGCGGGCUCAGAGUGUGAACAAGCUCGUGAGUGAGGUGGAGUAUAAGAAGGAUCUGGAAAGUAGUAAAGGUCAUAGUAUCAACUACUGUGAAACGCCUCAAUUCAGGAAUGUGUGCAAGAUCUCAAAAUUCACCAGUGAUAAUAAAUAUAAAGAAAACUACCAGAACCGCAUGAGAGGCCACUAUGAAGGAGUUGGGAUGGACAAACGGAUGCUCCAUGCUCUGAAGGUUGGAAGCCUGGCAAGCAAUAUCGCCUACAAGGCUGAUUACAAACAUGAUGUUGUCGACUACAACUACCCGGCCACUCUUACCCCUUCCUAUCAAACAACAAUGAAACUGGUUCCCUUGAAAGAUGUCAACUACAGGCAAAGCAUCGACAAGCUGAAGUACAGCUCUGUGACCAACACGCCUCAGAUUGUUCAAGCCAAAAUCAACGCCCAGCAACUGAGUCAUGUGAAUUACCGUGCUGACUAUGAGAAAAACAAGUUGAAUUACACAUUGCCCCAGGACGUACCUCAGCUGGUGAAGGCCAGAACCAAUGCAGAACUGUUUAGUGAGGUCAAGUACAGAGAAGGCUGGGAGAAGACAAAGGGGAAAGGAUUUGAGAUGAAGCUGGAUGCCAUGUCUCUGCUGGCUGCCAAAGCUUCCGGAGAGCUUGCGAGCAAUAUUAAAUACAAAGAGGAGUAUGAAAAAGCAAAAGGCAAAGUGCUGGGCACUACAGACUCAAGGCUGCUGCACUCGCUCCAGGUUGCCAAGAUGAGCAGUGAGGUUGAAUACAAGAAAGGCUUUGAAAAGAGUAAGACCCACUUUCACCUGCCCAUGGACAUGGUCAACAUCAGGCAUGCUAAGAAGGCCCAAGCUCUGGCCAGUGACCUGGACUACAGGAAAAAACUGCAUGAAUACACUGUGCUGCCCGAAGAUAUGAAGACUCGCUGGGCCAAGAAAGCCUACGGGCUCCAGAGUGAGCUGCAGUACAAGGCUGACCUGGCGUGGAUGAAAGGGGUUGGGUGGCUGACCGAGGGCAGUCUCAAUUUGGAACAGGCCAAGAAGGCCGGACAGCUGGUCAGCGAGAAAAACUACAGGCAGAGGGUAGAUGAGCUGAAGUUCACCAGUGUGGCCGACAGCUCCCAGAUGGAACAUGCCAAGAAGAGCCAGGAACUGCAGAGCGGGGUGGCCUACAAGGCGGAGCACGAGCAGUCCGUCCAUCAGUACAGCUUUAGCAAAGACGAGCCUCUCUUCCUUCAGGCCCGAGCCAACGCUGCCAACCUCAGCGAGAAACUGUACAAGAGCAGCUGGGAAAACCAGAAGGCGAAAGCGUUUGAUCUGCGUCUUGACUCCUUGGCCUUCCUGGCAGCCAAAGCCAAGAGGGACCUGGCCAGUGAGGUGAAGUACAAAGAGGAUUAUGAAAAAUCCAGAGGGAAGCUCAUUGGAGCUCAGGGUGCCCAGGGGGAUUCGCAAAUAAGCCACUCGCUGCACGUGUCCAAGCUGCAGAGUGAACUGGAAUACAAGAAGGGCUUCGAGGACACCAAAGCCCAGUGCCACGUCCCCCUGGACAUGAUCCAUCUUGUGCAUGCCCGCAAGGCUCAGCACUUAGCCACAGACGUGGGCUACAAGACGGCAUCCCAUCACUUUACAGCUUUGCCCACAGACAUGAAGGUGGAAUGGGCCAAGAAGGCUUACAGUUUACAGAGUGAUAACCAAUACAGGGCAGAUGUGAAGUGGAUGAAAGGGACGGGCUGGGUCGCCACCGGGUCAUUAAAUGUGGAGCAGGCGAAGAAGGCAGGAGAACUCAUUAGCGAGAAGAAGUACCGGCAGCAUCCAGAUGCUUUGAAGUUUACCAGUAUUAAAGACACUCUGGAGAUGGUCCAGGCCAGAAUUAGUUAUACCCAAGCAGUGGAUAGGUUAUACCGGGAACAAGGAGAAAACCUAAAGCAUCAUUACACGCAGACCGCCGACCUCCCUGAAGUCCUGCUGGCCAAGCUGAAUGCCAUGAAUAUCAGCGAGACACGUUAUAAGGAAUCCUGGAGCAAACUUCGAGACGGUGGCUAUAAACUGAGACUGGAUGCCAUUCUGUUCCAGGCAGCAAAGGCUUCUGGCGAAAUCAUAAGUGAUUACAAAUACAAAGAGGCAUUUGAGAAAAUGAAAGGGCAGAUGCUCGGCUCCCGGAGCUUGGAAGAUGAUAUCAGCCUUGCACAUUCAGUGUACGCGAGCUGUCUGCAGAGCCAAGUGAAUUACAAGAAAGACUUUGAACACUCAAAGGCGCAGUUCCAUCUGCCGCUGGACAUGGUAACCCUGGUGCAUGCCAGGAAGGCUCAGACCCUGGCCAGCCACCAGGACUACAGACACCCGCUCCCCCAGCACACGUCCUUGGCCGAGGACCUGAGGCUCAGCUGUGCCAAGAGAGCUCACAAGUUGCAGAGUGAGAAUUUGUACCGGUCGGACCUGAACUUUAUGCGAGGUGUUGCCUGUGUCAUUCCAGGCACAUUAGAGAUUGAAGGGAGAAAGAGAGCAUCUGAACUCAUCAGUGAGAGUAAAUAUCGUCAGCAUCCCCAGUCGCUCAAGUACACAGCCGUGACAGACACACCCAGCCUCACUCAUGCAAAGCUCAGCAGCCAGAUUACAAACGAGCGCCUCUAUAAAGCAGCAGGAGAAGAUGUGAGACACCAGUACACCAUGACCCUGGGUCUGCCUGAGUUUGUCCGAGCGAAAACAAACGCGGCCAAUCUGAGUGACGCAAAAUACAAGGAGUCUUGGAGGAAUCUCCGUGCUCAAGGCUACAAGCUGACAAUAGAUGCUCUGCCCUUCCAGGCAGCUCGAGUCUCUGGAGACAUAGCCAGUGAU